GAAAAAAGCCCAUACACUCGACCUUCUCCCCUUCACAUUUCCACCUGAUCUCGCCGCCGCGACGCACCACCGCCGGCGCUGACCUGCCCUUCCCAACAUCCGCCUGCUCGAAGUGCGUCCUGUUUUUGCUUUUAUUUCGAGCGUCUCCUCCGUGCUCAGCGGGCUACCGCCCUGCAGCAGAUCCCGCGACCCCGAUGCCUACUCAGGCCGCCCCGACGCCUCCUCCCGCCGAACCGCUGCCAAGUUCGUCAGAUUCUACCUCCCCUACGGAGGACGCUGAGGCGGAUGCGGAAGGCACGCCGUCGAGGUCUGGGCCAGUGGGGACAGUAAGCUGGGGAACUGGGACCCUCGUAGGCGUAUUCACCGGUCUUCUCUACGGCGGGGCCAAGGAGGCCAACGCCAACGUCAGCAAAGAUGCUGAAGUGAUGUUGAAGAUGGGGAGCACCACAGACAAGCGCGAACAGUAUAGGUUGAUGAGAGAUGCCAUGGAGAAAAGGUUCAUCCGGGUUGCCAAAGGCUCACUAGUUGGUGGUGCUCGCCUUGGGAUGUUCACUGCAACUUUCUUUGGCAUACAGAACCUUCUUAUUGAGAACCGUGGGGUACAUGAUGUGUUCAAUAUUGCUGGAGCUGGCUCGGCUACUGCAGCCGCUUUUGGGCUUAUAUUACCUGGUUCACCAAUGUGGCGUGCAAGGAAUGUAUUGGUUGGAUCUGCUCUAGGUGCCGGAAUUUGCUUUCCCCUUGGUUGGGUACAGUUGAAGCUCGCAGAAAAGGCCAAUCUUGAGAUUGAAAAUUCAAAAUCGUCGUCGGAUUUACAAGGCAAUCAAAGUCGUGUGGGGGCUGCUAUAGACAGACUAGAGAGCAGCCUGAGGAAGUAACAGUUUGUACCCAUGCAAGGAGCCAAGGACCUGUUGUCAACACCCACGGCUAUUUUACUUUUGUUUUGUUCAUGUACUUGUCAAUUGUCAUAGGAAUGCCGUUACUCUUUGAAGUGGUAAUGGCAGCAAGGGAAAUUGUCUCUUGUAUGAAGAUAAAUUUUGAUACGAACUCCUUGCUGGAGCUGGAUAUUUCUAGUUAAGUUACAUAUUUGGGUGUUUGUGCCAUUAUGACCUCUA